UUCGGUUCAGUCAUAGCAGCGAUCGCCAUAACGCGAGUGCGUCCUUGCCACUCUCUCUCUCUCUCUUCCACCAUCUUCGAACCAGAACCAGACCGAGCCGACAAAGCAGAAUAAUUCCUUUCACAUCGAGGAGUGCCCUGCCUGCCCCACGUUGCCGCCGCGAAGUGUCUGUCCCGUUGUGUCGUCGGAUCGGGAGUGUUUACAGUGCGUUCCAAAAAUCAAAAAAGUGUCUCGACGUGGCUAUUACCGCGAAAGACGUGGAGUUUUGCGACCACGAGGUGUUGUUAUGGUGGCCAGCCAAGGCGUCGAACCCCAACAGAAUGCAGACAUGUACUGCAGUCCCGUACAUUCCCCAUAUGGUGAUUAUUACCCGGAGAAUCAUUACUACGUGCACGCUGGAGGACACCCAGACAUGUGUCCUGCCCACGUGUGUGCCAUGCAGGGAGAAUUCGGUCCGGUGACAGUUCCCAUGGUAUCCACUAACGCUUCUCCGCCCAUAGCAAUGCCAGUUCAAGUUCCUCCAGGUCAUGUUGUUCAACAAAUAGUGGACGAGAAUGGUACCUUGAGGCAUGUAAUCAUUUCUCCACAACACCCGCCAAAUCUCUUACCUCUACCGACUCAUAACCAACAACCCUAUGCGUCCGGACCCGGCAACAGCACCACCCAAUCCCAGCAGUACUACCCCGGCCUGCCGACGGGCUUCGCGCCGCAGCAGUUCCAUUCCAACCUCCAGACCGGGCACCAAAUGCCAACCCAUCUGGGGCAUUCGCCACCUCCGAACCCAUCCUACUACAAAGACGAAAGGACGCAGAGGCAGCAUAACAAACUCAAGAAGAAACUACACGAGAAGCAACAGAAGAACGACAGCCUGUUACCUAGGAAAGACUUGGUGAACGGCAUGAAGAGAUCCGGACUGAAAGAAAAGGGGAUGAACAGCGUGGGGACGAGCGAGGACGGGGAGGAGAGCAGCGUUCCCGACGACGAAGACUACCACGUGUAUAUCACAGAUAUUUUAUCGUCCGUCCAGGCUCCGAAGGUAUCUGAACUAACUUCCCGCAGUGCCUUAUUGCAGUGGGCACCGCCUGUCCGGCUUUCUGAAUCGGCGAGCAACGACGGCCACGAGAAUGACAUCUCAGAGUCCGAUUUGAGAUACGAAGUCCUUCUCAGCGAUAAGAGCAAAGAAAUGAAAUUCAAGUCGAUAUAUAGCGGACCUUCGAUGUCUUGCCGAAUCAGAGAUUUGAAACCUGGCCAAGAAUACUCUGUAUGUCUUCAGGUACACCUGGACGAACUGCAAAGCUCAGCCAUCGACCUUCAAGGCUCCGCCACCGAUCCCAUCAAAUUCGUCACACCACCCUGCGAGCCGGACCAGCCUCAGCCUCCGAAACUCGUCAACCGAACAAAGAACUCGCUGCAGCUGAAAUGGACGGCCGGUGUCGACAACGGCUCUCCUAUUCUCCACUACGUCCUGGAGUACGACGAAGGCAAGGGCGGUGACUUCGUUGAAUUCUACAGGGGUCGCAGUAGGACGCACACCCUCCAAAAGCUGCAGCCGGCAACGCUGUACACCUUCAGGCUGGCGUCCGUCAACGAGGUCGGCACUAGCAUUUACUCGGACUGCGUGGCGUAUAACACGACGGAGAUGGUACCGACGCAACCCCACCCUCCGACGCUCGUAGAAGCCGGCGUCCAGUCGCUGCAGCUGCAGUGGCAGAAGAGGCCUCGGGACGACGAGUUCGUCCUACAGAUGAACGACGACCAGACCAAGUACGGUUACAUCACCAUCUACCUGGGGCCGGAGGAUCAGCACAUUCGGAGAGGGUUGCAGCACUCCAGCAGUUACUCCUUCAGGCUGAGAGCGAAGAACGAUGGCGGGUUGUCGCCAUGGUCGGAGGAAGUUUCUUUUUGCACCUUACCGGAUAGGCCUUCGAGGCCUUCCAAGCCCGUGGUGAAGGGUAGAAUACACGCGCACUCUUUCAAAUUGAAGUGGGAUCCUCCGAACGAUACCGGUGGAGUAGAGAUUCUUAGGUACAUUUUAGAAGUAAAUUCAGGUAGCGGUUACGAGAUCGUCUACCAAGGCAAAGAAACGGAAGCAGUCUGUGAUAAAUUAACUCCAGGAACGACCUAUCAGUUGCGAGUCAGUUGCGUCAGCGUUGGAGGAUGUAGUAACGCUUCUGAUCCAUGCACCGUGACAACAGAUGCAGUCUGUCCUGGUCAGUGUUCACUGCCUAAACUAGUAGGAAAACCAUUGCCAAACUCUGUCUCUCUACGAUGGGUAGAGCCUGAUUACAAUGGAGGAGCUCCAGUACUAGAUUAUGAGGUAGAAAUGACAGCCGCAGCUACCCAAUCCAUCGUUUACAAAAACAAGGAGAAUGAAUGCACUGCAGACAAUCUGAGUCCCGGAUGUGACUACAUCUUCAAGGUACGAGCCGUCAAUCGAGUUGGCCCAGGACAAUGGUCCGAACCGCUGAAAGUGACUAGUGGGGCAGCGCCUCCCGGAGACCCGGCGAUACCCUCCGUACACUGCAAGUCCCCAUUCCACGUGUUCGUCGAGUGGCUGGAACCCCAAAGCAACGGCGCUGCCAUCAGCGAAUACCGACUGGAGAUGAGUCCCGAUGUGAACGAAGAAAAAUUCCUCAGCGUCUACCAAGGCCCCCAGUUGAACUACGACGUCAAAGGGCUAACGCCGUUCCAUUCCUACUACUUCAGAGUUCAGGCGGGAAACAGCGCGGGGUUCAGCGGGUUCUCUCCCGUAGCCGGGACUAUUACUCCCGCCGCGCCCCCCACUGCCAUAACGACGUUGAAGGCAGAGGCGACGCCUUGUUCAAUAACUCUUCAUUGGAACGCCCCCAGCGACAACGGUAGCCCCAUCACACACUACAACAUCGAACUGGGCGAUAAAACUUUUUCGACUGAAUCUCCUGUGGUCGAGUAUACUAUUGAGAACCUUCAGCCUGCGACCAACUACAAAAUCAAGAUACAAGCGGUGAAUAUCGUCGGUCCAGGUCCUUACUCUUCCUCUUUGCGGACUGCGACUCUAAGGCUGCCUCCUGCUGCUCCUAGGUUAGAGUGUGUCGCUGUUGGCCACAACCACCUCAAGCUCAAAUGGGGCGAAGGAAAGAACAUUGAGUAUACUCAGUACUGCAUCGAAAUGGAAAACCCUCGCAACAAAGAGUACCAAUGUGUCUACAAGGGUACUGCUUUAACCUGCAAAGUAAACAGGCUGGAAGAGCUCACCACCUUCAAAUUUAGGAUAAAUGCUAAAAACGACGCUGGAGUAGGAGAAUUCUCGAAGGUGUAUGAGUUCGCUACCUGCAUCGCACCUCCGGCUGCUGUGAAGCUGCCCAAAGUAGCGGAAGUAGAUCAGAGAAGUUGCAGCAUUUUCUGGUACCCUGCCAAAAACUCAUUACAAUUACCGGUCUGUGAAUCUUCAGAACCCAAGUGUACCAUAGAAAACCUAGAACCCGGUACUGAUUACACAGCCAGAGUAUGCCCAAUUCGAAUGACCUCAACUGGAGCACUUCCAGGACCCUUCUCGCCCCCGGUGAACUUCACCACAACAUCUUCGGAGCCAGAAGUACCAGCGAAGGCUGUGACUUCUUCUAGCACCUCUUCCCACGCCUCCAAACAUCGUUCACUCUAUCAUUCCAUACGGCAGAUGGUGAGAUGUCCAGAGGAGUACUGCAUCUACAUGUACGCCAUGCUUGUUCUGGUAGUAGGCAUUGUCAUAUCCUUGGGAAUAACAUCAUUUUUGUAA